AUGACGCAACCACCACCUUCUACACCUACGCCUCGCCGAUUCCUCUUAUCCAAGCGACCGCAGGCAUCGCAACAGCAAACCCCUGGCAGCGGACCUCCAGUCUUCGCUGGUAGCCAACGCUUCCAGACUACACCGCGCUUCGCCCCUCCGUCGGCAACACAGCGACCGCCCGCCACGCCUGUUUUUCCAGGGACUUUGCGCCCGUCUAGAAAUAGGGACCCUAUUCACGAUGCCCUGGAAAGUUCCCCGACAGACACUCCUGUCUCUCCGACGCGACCAGUAUUAGCGACCGGGACCCAACGACAUCACAGGAUCGAGAUCGACUCGGAUAACGAGAGCAACACACAACAUGAGCAAGAGGGGGCUUGCCUACCACCGGCUACCUUUGUAGCAAAUGAUUCGAUCGAGAUCGAAUCUGAGCCCUCUAGCGUGUUGCACAGCGAUAUCGAAGAGAGAACGCCGAAGAGGAGGCGGAUAUCGAUCUCGCCUGUGCCGAGUUGGCACCAUGACGCCCAGGAGGACGUGGUCAUGAGUCACUACGAUGUUCUCGUUAUGAAAAAUAAUGAAAAUUGGAACGACCACGAAAAGCUUCCCGACGCCAAGGGCGAAUACCAGUCCGAUCUCGAUGCGCCGCAUAUGGGAGAGGAAGACUUGAGCAUUCCCGACCGCCACGAGGGGGACAUGCCGAAAACGCAGCCAACUUUUCGUCGAGCACCUCGCUUCAAAGUCUUGGAUGCCGAAACCUCCCGUCAAGAGGGCUUGCCAGAGGCUUUCUCACCGCAGAGACGCGGAGCAAAGUACGUCGCCGGAGGACUCGCGGCGGAAUUACAGAGCUGGCUUGCGGAAGUCAGGGGCUGGACUGGUGGCGACCGAGCGGAAAAUCCGGUCAUGAAAAUCGUCAUUGACCAGCUACGAGCUGGAAACAGGAUGUACCUCGUCAAGGGCCGGAGGAUCGUUGGGGACGGGGAGGCAAGCGAAGAGAUCGCCGCGCGGCUGAUGUUGGCCGGCGAGGGGAGGCUGACAGGAUUAGGUCAGAAAGCUGCGGUCAUCGUGGGAAGUACGGUCGCGAUAUCGCAGCCCGCGUGGGAAGUUGAGCUUGAUGGAUCACGGUGGGUUGUCGCGUGCGACUGGGCUCUCUCGUAG